AUGCCAAGUCAAGAAGGGAAUCCUCGUGUGGAUCCUCCAGAGAGCGAUCCACACAACAGCACCGACCCAUAUGUCCCUCCAGAGAGCGAUUCUGGCCUGCCUCCUUCUGUGCAAUCCAUGGAAACCACGAUCACACUCUCCACCAACUCGGAAGACUUGAGUAGCCUGCAGGUGCACCCCCCCUCUUCACACGCCUCUUCCGUCAAUAGGGAACUCUACCUGCUUGCUUUCAUAACCCCGCGAAUUCCCACAGAGUCCCCCAUAAACCUUCCCAGUAAUCCCGAGCGAUGCCUGCCGCACACGGAGCCUCAAGAAAAUGCUUCUCAAGACAUUAAGGUGAAGAACAUUGCAGUUCUUGACACAAUAAUGGAAUUGUUACGUACCCAUAUGCCAACCCAUGAUUACCAUGCCGACUAA